GAACCAACUAACCAAGCCUUUUCUUCUCAAUAAGCGAUUUGAACAAAGCCCUCUUUCUGUAUCGGUCUUUGCGACUCUCUCCAGAACUCUCCAGUACAUUUCCUCGCCGCUAUCUCUAUACAUCAUGCCUCGCCGGAGCUCUGGAGGUAGAUCUGCACCUAGGGCAGCUCGUCGCCCUUCAGCUGCGCGUAGUCCAGCACCUCAACCGGCUAAUCGUGCUUCUCCUCCUGCCGUUGCUCAGAGCAGUGGUGGCGGCUCAUUGCUUGGAGGGAUUGGCUCCACCAUCGCUCAGGGGAUGGCUUUUGGCACUGGGAGUGCAGUGGCCCACAGAGCUGUAGAUGCUGUGAUGGGACCUCGUACCAUUCAACAUGAAACUGUUGGUGCUGAGGCUGCUGUCCCCGCAGCCACUGCAAGCAGCAUGUCUGCAGAUGGUUGUGGUGUUCAUUCCAAGGCUUUCCAGGAUUGCCUGAACAGCUCUGGCAGCGAGAUCAGCAAGUGCCAGUUCUACAUGGAUAUGUUGGCCGAGUGCAGAAGGAACUCUGGUUCUGGGUUGAGCGCCUAAAUGCUCUUUCUCGUUGUUCUCUCAUCAGUUAUCUAUCUGUGCACCCUGAUGGUGAAGACGCAGUAUAACAAUUGUUGUUCAGAUCCAUAUUUAAUAACGGCAGGACUUGAGUAAGGGAGCUUAAUGAAAUAGAUAAUUGGAGGGUAUUCCAAUUAAGUAUGGGAUCUUAAUCUUGCUUCCUUCAGAUUGCUUGGUCUCGCUUGUGAUUUCUUGUACUUGUGGGUAGCGGUGGGCAUUCGGUCGGCUCGGUUGAAAUCGAAUCGAAAUUAUGAAUACCAGGUCUCUGGAUUCUCUCAAACCUCAAAUCGUAUUCGAACAGAAUUAUAAUUCUGUUCGGUCGAUUUAAACCGAAGUAUAAUUCGGUUCGGUUUUUCACACAAAACCGAUUUAGUGAAGCUAUUUGUAUUUUCUCACUUUUAAAUUAUUUUUCAUCCUAAUAUAAACAAUAAAUAUGCAAUUAUAUGCAUCAUCAAUGAUAAAAUCAAA